AUGUGUUCUGUCUCCCUCUCUAAGGUCCGCUUCAACGUCGCAAUGGAGAUUCCACCAACGAAGGAGCUACUAAUGAAGAUGCUAGAGCUAGAGAAGAGUCACGAGCGCCUAAAGCAGGAGAUGUGUAGGCUCAAGGCCGUAUCCACAGCACUUGAUCGUUCGGCGAAGAGAAACAUCGCCCAGGGAGCUCUAGCGUUGAGGAAGAGCUGCACCGAGUCGUUUCGGAAAGGGAACCAUAUCCAGGACACGAUCAGUCUAGAAGCUGGAAUAGGUGGAGGAAUAGGACCAUCGGCAGGGAAGUUCACCAAUCAACAGUAUUUGAACAUGCUUCUGUCGAUGGGCCAAUCUGUUCAUGUCUUCGAUCUAAAAAUGCGAAUUAUAUUUUGGAAUGCCAUGGCGGAAAAGCAAUUUGGAUACUCAGCUGCAGAAGCAGUUGGACAGGACCCAAUUAAUGUUAUGGUAGAUGAUCAUGAUGCCGCCUUCGCAAUGAACAUUACUCAACGUUGUUUCAAUGGAGAGAGCUGGACCGGUGAGUUUCCUGUCAGAAGUAAAUCAGGGCAUAAAUUUUCAGCUGUCAGUACGUGUUCCCCAUUUUACGAUGAUGAUGGUUCUCUUAUUGGAAUCAUUUCUAUCACAAGUAAAUCAGCGUCGUAUCUGCACCCUGUAAUCUCUUUGGCUAAGUUAAAGUCAAAAGAAGGUGAAACAAACUCUAGCCCUGGAAGGAGUAGUUUUGUAUCUAAAGGAUCAAAGAUAUCAGAUUUGGUUAGUACCAUUUUCUUAGGUUUGUAUGUAUUCUGUCACCUUUUAUUUUGA